CGCGCCACCGCCCGGCUACCGCCACUCCGCGGGUGCCCUCCUCCGAGGCUGAUCAUUAACCCAAAGCCCUUGUAAGGAGCGAGUGGCCUCGGCGGGAGGGACACCUCAUCGCUGCCGCCAUGGACAGUAGCACCUGGAGCCCCACGACUGCCACGACUGCUGCGCCCCUGGCUCCCCACGAGCGCAUCCGAAAUGCGGCCGACAUCUCUGUCAUCGUCGUGUAUUUCGUGGUGGUGAUGGCUGUCGGGCUGUGGGCUAUGUUUUCCACUAAUCGUGGGACCGUUGGAGGCUUCUUCCUGGCAGGACGAAGUAUGGUGUGGUGGCCGAUCGGAGCUUCUCUGUUUGCCAGCAACAUCGGAAGUGGCCACUUUGUGGGGCUGGCCGGGACAGGAGCAGCUGCAGGCAUUGCCACUGGGGGCUUUGAAUGGAACGCCCUGAUUUUGGUGGUUGUGCUGGGCUGGUUGUUUGUCCCUAUUUACAUCAAGGCUGGGGUGGUGACAAUGCCAGAGUACCUGCGGAAGCGAUUUGGAGGCAAGCGGAUCCAGGUCUACCUCUCCAUCCUGUCCCUGUUGCUCUACAUUUUCACCAAGAUCUCGGCAGACAUCUUCUCUGGGGCCAUAUUCAUCAACUUGGCCUUGGGCCUGGAUCUCUACCUGGCCAUCUUUCUCUUAUUGGCAAUCACUGGCAUUUACACAAUCACAGGGGGCCUGGCGGCGGUGAUUUACACAGACACCUUGCAGACGGCAAUCAUGCUCGUGGGGUCUUUCAUCCUGACCGGGUUUGCUUUUCACGAAGUGGGAGGGUAUGAGGCCUUCAUGGAAAAGUAUAUGAAAGCCAUUCCAACUGUGGUUUCUGAUGGAAACAUCACCAUCAACAAGGAAUGCUACACCCCAAGGAGUGACUCCUUCCACAUCUUUCGAGAUCCCCUCAAGGGAGACCUGCCAUGGCCUGGGCUCAUCUUUGGGCUGUCCAUCCUCGCCCUGUGGUACUGGUGCACAGAUCAGGUCAUUGUGCAGCGCUGCCUCUCUGCCAAGAACAUGUCUCACGUGAAGGCUGGCUGUGUGAUGUGCGGGUACCUGAAGCUGCUGCCCAUGUUCCUCAUGGUGAUGCCAGGAAUGAUCAGCCGCAUCCUGUACACAGAAAAAGUGGCCUGCGUGGUCCCCUCGGAAUGUGAGAAGUACUGCGGCACCAAGGUGGGCUGUACCAACAUUGCCUACCCGACCCUGGUGGUGGAGCUCAUGCCCAAUGGACUGCGAGGCCUGAUGCUGUCAGUCAUGUUGGCUUCUCUCAUGAGCUCCCUGACAUCCAUCUUCAACAGCGCCAGCACCCUCUUCACCAUGGACAUCUACACCAAGAUCCGGAAGAAGGCGACUGAGAAAGAGCUCAUGAUUGCAGGAAGAUUGUUCAUCCUGGCACUGAUCGGCAUCAGCAUCGCCUGGGUGCCCGUUGUACAGUCAGCACAAAGUGGGCAGCUCUUUGAUUACAUCCAGUCCAUCACGAGUUACUUGGGCCCGCCCAUCGCCGCUGUCUUCCUGCUCGCCAUUUUCUGCAAGAGAGUCAACGAGCCGGGAGCCUUUUGGGGACUGAUCAUAGGAUUUCUGAUUGGGGUGUCCCGUAUGAUCGCCGAGUUUGCUUACGGAACCGGGAGCUGCAUGGAACCUAGCAACUGCCCCACGAUUAUCUGUGGUGUGCACUACCUGUACUUUGCCAUCAUCCUCUUUGUCAUUUCUGUCAUCAUCAUCUUGGGCAUCUCCCUCUUCACCAAGCCCAUUGAAGAUAAGCAUCUCUACCGCCUGUGUUGGACCCUGCGCAACAGCAAAGAGGAGCGUAUCGACCUAGAUGCAGAAGAGGAAAGCAUCCAUGAAACCCAAGAUGAGGCCCUUGAAAUAGAAUAUCCUGAGGAGAAAAAAGGAUGCUGCAGGAAGGCCUAUGACCUGUUCUGUGGCCUGGACCAGCAGAAGGGCCCAAAGAUGACAAAGGAAGAGGAGGCAGCCAUGAAGCUGAUGAUGACAGACACCUCCGAGAAGCCUUUGUGGAGGACGGUAGUGAACAUCAACGGCAUCAUCCUGUUGACCGUGGCCGUCUUCUGCCACGCGUAUUUUGCCUGAGCCCUGCCCUCUGCCGCAGACUGUUCUCAUAAA